CCAGAACAGUGUUCUAUAGCAGACGGAACAUGUGAGGUUCUAAUGACAUGAUUUUAAUCAGAACGGGUUCUGAUCUAAAGUGGGCUGGUCUGAGGCCUCAAACUCCAGGACUGAAAAUGAAUCCCACUGCUCAAACUAAGUGGAUUUGACUGUGAUCUCUGCCUGUUUCCCUGUCAGUACCAUCAGUGAUGAAAGCGUUAAAAAGCCUCAAUCUCCUCCAGUCUGUUGACUUUAAUCAUCAGGUUGAUCAGAGAACAGACAGCUGCCUCACUGGAACGUUAGUAGCUGUGACUUGUAGAGGACUGGGAUGUUUCUUCCACUUUCUACAGUCUGCUGCCUGAACUGAGCUCAGAAACACACUAUGUUGAUGUGAGCCACUAGUUUUAUUAGUGUCUGCAUGGAACCAACAGCUGAUGGUCAAGUCAGAGAGAUUCAGUACGGUUCACAAACAUUCACACAGCAUUUAUUAAACGAUAACUUUGGAUGGAGUUUCAGUCUGGAUGAGGUGGAGUCCUGACUGGUUCCAGGAAACAGAUCACCUGUCUGAGCGUCCAGGAGUGGACUGGAAACUUUCUUCUUCUUCUUCAGCGCUUUGAAUAAAGUGUGAAGGUAGAAAGUGUGUGUGAGCUGCUGUGAGUUGAGCAUCAUGGAUGAGUGUGAGGACAGAGAGGAGGGAGUCCCUCCCUCUAAAAGCUCUCUGUGUGGGGAACAGGAGAACCAGAGCAAAGCUCAGAGGAAUCCACCUGGACCUGGACCUGGACCUGGACCUGGACCUGGACCUGGACCUGGACCUGCAUCCAGCUGUGUGUCCUUCAAGAAUGACCGGUCUAAGCGUCGCCUCAUUGACUUUAAAGAUCAUCAACCUCCUGCUGCAAAGAGAAUCCAUCAGAGAUCAGAGUCGUCUGGACCUGGACCUGCAUCCAGCUGUGUGUCCUUCAAGAGUGACCGGUCUAAGGAUCAUCCUAUUGAAUUUAAAGGAGAACCAGGUCCUGCUGCAGAGAGGAAUCCACCUGGACCUGGACCUGGACCUGGACCUGGACCUGGACCUGGACCUGGACCUGGACCUGCAUCCAGCUGUGUGUCCUUCAGGAGUGACCGGUCUAAGGAUAUUCCUCUUCAUUUUAAAGGAGAACCAGGUCCUGCUGCAGAGAGAGUGGAGCAGCAGAACUCAGAGGUUCCCAGAGCUCAGUCUGUCCAGCAGCAUCACCUGGACUCCAUAUUCAUGCUGCUGGAGGACAACAUGGUGACUUUUGUGAAGAAGGAGCUGAAGAAGAUGCAGAAGCUUGUGAGUCCAGAUUACCCAGAAUGCUCCUCAGAGAGUCAGAGGGAGGAUGAGGAGGAGUUGGAGGGUGAUGAUGAAGAUGAGAGGAGCAGCAGAGAGAUGUUUGAGCAGAUCACAGUGUUGUUCCUGAGGAGGAUGAAGCAGGAGAAGCUGGCUGACUGUCUGCAGAGCAAACUUGCUGCUGGAGUUUGUGGACGUGAACUUAAACGUGGUCUGAAGGAGAAGUUCCAGAGAGUGUUUGAGGGCAUCGCUAAAGCAGGACAGAAGACCCUCCUGAAUGAGAUCUACACAGAGCUGUACAUCACAGAGGGAGGGACUGCAGAGGUCAAUGAUGAACAUGAGGUCAGACAGAUUGAAGCAGCAUCCAGGAAAGCAGACAGAGCAGAAAGAAGCAUCAGACCAGAAGACAUCCUUAAAGGCUCACCUGGAGGAGAUGGACCAAUCAGAAGAGUGAUGACAAAGGGAGUGGCUGGCAUCGGGAAAACAGUGUUAACACAGAAGGUGACUCUGGACUGGGCUGAAGACAAAAGCAACCAGGACAUCCACUUCAUGUUUCCAUUGACUUUCAGAGAGCUGAAUGUGCUGAAAGAGAGAAAGUUCAGCUUGAUGGAACUUGUUCAUCACUUCUUCAGUGAAACCAAAGCAGCAGGAAUCUGCAGCUUUGAAGACUUCCAGGUUGUGUUGAUCUUUGACGGUCUGGAUGAGUGUCGCCUUCCUCUGGACUUCCACAACAAUGAGGUCCUGACUGAUGUUAGAGAGUCCACCUCAGUGGAUGUGCUGCUGACAAACCUGAUCAGGGGGAAUCUGCUUCCCUCUGCUCGCCUCUGGAUAACCACACGACCUGCAGCAGCCAAUCAGAUCCCUCCUGACUGUGUGGACAUGGUGACGGAGGUCAGAGGGUUCACCGACCCACAGAAGGAGGAGUACUUCAGGAAGAGAUUCAGAGAUAGGAAGAAGGCCAGCAGCAUCAUCUCCCACAUGAAGAAGUCACGAAGCCUCCACAUCAUGUGCCACAUCCCAGUGUUCUGCUGGAUCACUGCUACAGUUCUGGAGGAGCUGCUGAGAAGCAGAGAGGGAGGAGAUCUGCCCAGAACCCUGACUGAGAUGUUCAUCCACCACCUGGUGGUUCAGGCCAAAGUCAAGAAGGUCAAGUAUGAUGGAGGAGCUGAGACAGAUCCACACUGGAGUCCAGACAGCAGGAGGAUGAUUGAGUCUCUGGGAAAACUGGCUUUUAAUCAGCUGCAGAGAGGAAACCUGAUCUUCUAUGAGUCCGACCUGACAGAGUGUGGCAUCGAUGUGGAAGCAGCCUCAGUGUACUCAGGAGUGUUCACACAGGUCUUUAAAGAGGAGAGAGGACUGUACCAGGACAAGGUGUUCUGCUUCGUCCAUCUGAGCGUUCAUGAGUUUCUGGCUGCUCUUUAUGUCCAUCAGACCUUCAUCAAGUCUGGAAUCAACCUGAUGGAAGAAGAACAACAAACAACCUCCAACAAACCUGAUCCAACAGCUUUCUACCAGAGAGCUGUGGACGAGGCCUUACAGAGUCCAAACGGACACCUGGACUUGUUCCUGCGCUUCCUCCUGGGUCUGUCACUGCCGACCAAUCAGAAUCUUCUACGAGGCCUGCUGACACAGACAGGAAGUAGUUCACAGACCAAUCAGGAAACAGUGGAGUACAUCAAGAAGAAGAUCAGUGAGGAUGUGUCUGCAGAGAGAAGCAUCAAUCUGUUCCACUCUCUGAAUGAACUGAAGGAUGUUUCUCUAGUGGAGGAGAUCCAACAGUCCCUGAGAUCAGGACAUCUGUCCACAGAUAAACUGUCUCCUGCUCAGUGGUCAGCUCUGGGCUUCAUCUUACUGUCAUCAGGAGAACAUCUGGACGUGUUUGACCUGAAGAAAUACUCUGCUUCAGAGGAGGUUCUUCUGAGGCUGCUGCCAGUGGUCAAAGCCUCCAAGAAAGUUGUACUGAGUGGCUGUAAUCUGUCAGAGAGAAGCUGUGGAGCUCUGUCCUCAGUCCUCAGCUCCCAGUCCUCCAGUGUGACAGAGCUGGACCUGACUAACAACAACCUGCAGGAUUCAGGAGUGGAGAGUCUUUCUGCUGGACUGGAGAGUCCACACUGUAAACUGGAAGCUCUCAGACUUAAUAACUGUAAUCUGUCAGAGAGAAGCUGUGGAGCUCUGUCCUCAGUCCUCAGCUCCCAGUCCUCCAGUGUGACAGAGCUGGACCUGACUAACAACAACCUGCAGGAUUCAGGAGUGGAGAGUCUUUCUGCUGGACUGGAGAGUCCACACUGUAAACUGGAAGCUCUCAGGCUGUCAGGCUGUCUGGUCACAGAGGAAGGCUGUGCUUCUCUGGCCUCAGCUCUGAGCUUGAAGACCUCAAAUCUGAGAGAGCUGGACCUGAGCUACAACCAUCCAGGAGACUCAGGAGAGAAGAUGCUGAGAGCUAAAGUGGAGGAUCCACACUGUAGACUGGAAACUCUGAGGUACAGACAGACAGACACUCUGAGGUACAGACAGACAGACACUCUGAGGUACAGACAGACAGACACUCUGAGGUACAGACAGACAGACACUCUGAGGUACAGACAGACAGACACUCUCACUAAACUAUCAGCCUAGCUCACAAAAAAGAGUGGAAGCAGAAGAACACUGUUAGCUCAGCUUUGCACCAUGACCGAAAGGAAACUGUUAGCCUAGCUUAGCUCAA